CCGGGAGGGCGGUGUUAGGAGAUAUAAGUGAUAACAACGAGCCCCGCUCCCUUCGGUGGUUUGGAUGUGAUUCGCAGUCAAAUAGUCAGAGUAGCAAGUCAAAAGCGUCUCGUUUGGAUUGUGUGCUUGACUUGUGUAAGGAGGAGAUGGAAGAGAAGUGGCUACAGAGAACGCUGCUGCCAGCUGUGUGGCUGUGCAGCGUGCUGGCAGCUCAUCAGGUCAACAGCUGCCCGCAUGCUUGUAGCAAAUGUUUAGGACAAGAAAAUGACCUUUGCAAAGAGUGCAAGCCUGGAUGGGCUCUCUAUAAUUUCACAUGUGUAGACAUCGAUGAGUGUGGCACUGAGCUGGGUUCCUGCUCUCCAAACAGUUACUGCUUCAAUAUAGAAGGCUCCUUUCAGUGCAGAGGCUGUGAUGUGGCCUGUGUUGGCUGUAUGGGUGGUGGAGCAGCUCGCUGCAGAAAAUGUGCUCCUGGGUACAAACUGAUGGGCUCCAAGUGUUUAGAUAUAGACGAAUGUGGUGACAGAGUACUUGCCUGUCAUGGUUUGGACGAGAUCUGUGUCAACACAGAAGGCUCUUUCCGCUGUCAGUGUGCUGAAGGCUUCUUCAGGAAGGACAGUGUUUGUUUGAGAAAGCAGCUGCCCAAUGCUCAAGAGAAAGGCCUCUUUGAGGAUCUUCAAGACGAUGAAGUGGAGGUGCUGCAGCAGAUGUUUUUGGGGGUGUUGCUUUGUGCUUUGGCCACGCUGGCAGCCAAAGGAGAUCUGGUCUACACAUCGAUAUUCAUGGGAGCCGCAGCAGCCAUGGCAGGUUACUGGCUCUCAGACAGGGGUGGUAGUGUCUUAAACAACAUCCUAAAAGGGCGCUAAUGCGCCAAAUCGUAAUGAAAAGGACACAUUCAGCCUCAGAUAUGAAAAUAAAUCCAUUUGGUUGAAACAACUGCUAUAUAUUCUGGAAAACAAGCCACAGAAACACUUCAAUGUUCUGAUGAACCUCAUUAAUCCGAUUAAAAACACCUUUUGUAAACAAGCUUUAAAAAAACAGCUUUUAAUUAUUUCUGGAUUAAUAAUUUCAUUGGACUAAUGUAAUAUUGUAUGUACUUGAUUUAUAUAAUGUGUUUCAGUUAGAGAAUUUAGUGAAAUAAAUGAAGUUUACAAUAAUAUUGUUUAUUUGAGAUAUACCCCUACAUUAUUGUACAUAACUAUUUACAUUAAACAUUUUUUAUUUUGUAUUCAAAUCAUCCUGAAGGCAGCCUUCAGCUUCAUGGUGUGUACAUUUUUCAGAGAUACAUUCUUAAAAUAUACAUUAGGUCUUUCACAUCGAUGAGAUACUUUAUGCGUUUUUAAAUAGACUCUGUGAUGUGGUGUACUUGUCAUUCACUAACUCACCCAGCGCAAUGACGCUUAUGCCAGUGUUUGCAGGGUGACAGUGGUUUGAAAACAUACUGUAGAAAAUGGCUACUGGGCCAGUGAUGUAAAUGCACUAUUCUGUUAUUGCUGUAUUUAUAGAAAUGUAAAUCUUUUUUAACUCCAUGGUUUGUAAAAUAGUCUCUAUGCAGCCAUUGCUUUUGUGGGCAGCAAUGGCUGCAUACAAAAUGAGGCACGCUGAUUUUAAAUCAGAGUAUUAAAUCACCAACAAAGACAGAAAGAAAGUCACCUUUAUUUGAUGGAUAUAAACAAGCUGGCCAACACUCAAUAGUAUUAUUCUGAUACAGCACAGACAAUAGCAAACUGGGGCACUAUGGACAGCCUCCUAUUGUUAAAAAAAGCAAACAAACAAAACAUUACAUAGUAUCCAUGCGUCAUUCGAAACUUGCCCACUUCUUUUCUUUAACGACUGGCUGAUAAAGUUCUCUUUUUUUUAAAUAAAUUAGUCUCUUUUGCAUUGAUAACACUUACACACAUUCUGUUAUCUGCACUCACACACGCACGUUGCUCUCUUUUUCUGAAUACAUUUAUACCAGCAACACCCCCACACCUGGAAAAAAAAAAAAAAAACAUGCUGCGCUCUCACAAAACUGCACAGGCUGUCUACUAAGGGGACACAGUAAGUGAGACACACAUCACUCUCCAACACAAUAUCACACAGUCACAAUGCACAAUGCAGAUGCAAGAAAUGGAUGAGAACUGAUGCUGCAUCAGCUCACGUUCACACCAGUGAUCAUUCAGCAUGCUGGACACACAUGGAGUUUUGUUCCUAGGUCUGUUACUGUACAGCUCAAAAUAUUUACCAUUACAAAUAGUACUGUCUCGAACUGGUAUUCUUAAGUAAGCAUAAAUGAUAAAAAAAAAUAAAACUCAACUUAAAUACAAAACUGAAUGAAUAAAAAAGUAAAAACUCAACAUUUGCUUUAUUAAAUAAUAAUUAAAAAAAAUCUGCCAUUGGUCACAGUGAUUUGUUCAAUCAAACAGUUUCAUCAACGAAAUAAUAAAAUAAAGACUAUUGCAGCAAAGAAAGAAAAAA